ACUGGGGCCACCACCUGAAGAUGCUCACACUCAACUUUACCAUCUCCAACCUCCACUAUUCACCAGACAUGGGCACCAGCUCAGCCACAUUCAACUCUACCGAGAGAGCCCUGCAGAGACUGCUCGGACCCUUGUUCCAGAGGAGUAGCCUGGGCCCCUUCUUCUUGGGUUGCAGACUGACUUCCCUCAGUCAGAUUGUUGAAAUAAGCAUUGAAAAGGAUAAUGAUUCUUGUGCUGCACCAGAAAUGACACUUGCACGAAGAGGUUCCUACUCUCGACAUGCUCCGUGGGGUGGGAAGAAAAAGCAUUCCUGUUCUACCAAGACCCAGAGCUCAUUGGAUACUGAAAAAAAGUUUGGUAGAACUCAAAGUGAGCUGCAGAGGCAAGAGAGGCGCUAUGGUGUGAGAUCUGUGCGUGACACGGACGGUAUUUCCGGCAGAACCAUGGGGAGUCGUUCUCUCUGCCAGAGGCUGCAGGAGACUGUGGGCUUGUGUUUUCCCAUGAGAACUUACAGCAAGCAGUCAAAGCCUCUCUUUUCCAAUAAAAGAAAAAUACGUCUUUCUGAAUUAAUGCUUGAAAAAUGCCCUUUUCCGGCUGGCUCAGAUUUGGCGCCAAAAUGGCAUUUGAUUAAACAGCAUGCAGCCCCUGUGAGUCCACAUUCAAUCUUUUUUGAUAUGUUCGAUCCAUCUUUGAUUUCUACAGAGGAUGGAGAAGACAGGCUUAGAGAGAGGAGAUGGCUUAGUAUCGAAGAAGGGGUCGAUUCUCCUCCCAAUGCACAAAUACACACAUUUGAAGCUACUGCACAGGUUAAUCCGUUAUAUAAACUGGGACCAAAGUUAGCUCCUGGAAUGAGUGAAGUAAGUGGGGAUGGUUCCGCAAUCCCACAGGCUAGCUGUGACUCGGAAGAGGAUACAACCACCCUGUGUUUGCAGUCGCGCAGGCAGAAGCAGCGCCAGGUGUCUGGAGACAGCCAUGCUCACAUGAGCAGACAGGGUGCCUGGAAAGUCCAAAUGCAGAUCGAUUACAUUCACUGCUUGGCGCCCGAUUUGCUUCAGAUUAUAGGGAACCCCUGUUACUGGGGAGUGAUGGACCACUAUGAAGCAGAAGCCCUUCUCGAAGGGAAACCUGAAAGCACAUUUUUGCUCAGGGACUCGGCCCAAGAGGACUACCUCUUCUCUGUGAACUUCCACCGCUACAACAGACCCUUGCAUGCCCAAAUCGAGCAGUGGAAUCACAACUUUAGUUCCGAUGCCCACGACCCGUGUGUAUUUCACUCCUCCACUGUAACAGGACUUUUAGAACAUUAUAAAGAGCCCAGUUCUUGCAUGUUUUUUGAAACUUUGCUUACUAUAUCACUAAACAGGACUUUUCCUUUUAGCCUGCACUAUAUCUGUCAUGCAGUAAUCUGCAGGUGCACUACGUAUGAUGGAAUUGAUGGACUGCCUCUCCUAUCGAUGUUGCAGGAUUUUUUUUUUUUGAAGUAUCAUUGUAAGCAAAAAGUGAGGGUUCGCUGGUUAGAAUGAGAACCAAUCAAGGCAAAGUAA